AUGAGUCAAGAAAGUAAAGAUAUAAGCUUACUAACUAUUAUACUCGACACAAAUCCGUCCCAAGGCAUAUUUAAAAAAUGUCCGCAGAUGUGGACACAAUGUGUAGAAUCUACAAUUGCAUUUGGAAAUGCACAUCUUAUGCAAAAGGCUCAGAACAAAUUAGCCGUGUUAGCUUGCCAUUCAACAUCAACGGAAUUUUUAUUUCCAAAUCCGAGAAAUCAGCUAGAUAUCAGGCAAGUUGAUGGUCAAUAUGAAGUUUUUACAAUGGUUGAGAAAACUGUUAAGCAAAAGCUUGCUGAAAUACUUCUGAAUGAAAAAACAAGUAAUCAUUCUCAAGAAUCCCUAUUGGCUGGUGCUAUGUCUAUGGCUUUAUGCUAUAUUGCUCGGGUUCAAAGAUCACUAGUCCCCGGCACUCGGAUGAACUCAAGAAUAUUAAUCAUAACUGGAAGUAGUCAUUACCUAGCAUCUCAGUACAUGACCUACAUGAAUGUAUUUUUCACAGCCCAUAAAUUAAAUGUUAUAUUAGAUGUAUGUUCAUUAGACAGUACGACCACGUUAAGUUUGUUGCAGCAAGGUACUGACAUUACAGGAGGCCAAUAUUUAACUUUACCACAAACUCAUUAUGAAGGACUUCUGCAGUAUCUUUUGUGGGUAUUCUUACCUGAACAGCCUGUGAGAUGUAAGUUAGUUCUACCUCCACCUGUUAAAAUUGAUUAUCGUGCGGCAUGCUUCUGUCAUAGAGAGUUGAUAGAUAUAGGUUUUGUGUGCUCCGUGUGUCUUUCAAUUUUCUGCAAAUUCAGUCCAAUAUGUACAACUUGCCAAACCGUGUUCAAGAUUCCCGCACCUAUUGGAGGAAAACCUAAGAAAAAGAAGAAAUAAUUGAAGAUAAUGUAUGAUAUGUAAAAUCUUCAAGAGCCUCUUCUGCAACAAGCAUUAACGGUGUUAAUUUUCUAUCUGUUAUUAUAUUAUUAGCCGCAGUUAAUGUUGUGAAGAUUUCUUCCUUUUUUAUAGGAAAUCCCAGUUUUUGUAA